AUGUUUUUGAAGGUGUUUGUGGUGUGUGGAAUCCAACUUGGAAGUAUAUUUAAAAUAAUGUUCAGACUUAAGUCUGGGUUAAUAUUUUUAUUAACCAUAUUAGAUUCUAUUAAUAUUUCCGAAUCAACGUCACCCAGAUGUAACAGAGUACAUAAGCUACCGCCACUGGCAAUCCUACACAACACAGGCAUCCUUCCUGUAUCAAACAAGUCUAAUAUCGUACCAACACAUAGUAAGGCAGAGUUAACACCUGAAAAUAAACAAAAAAAUACUAUAAAUAAAGAAAAUAAUUUAAAAAAUGGAAAAAAUUUUAAUUUAGAAUUUAAACUAGGUAGACUAUUACAACUUGGUAAAAGAUUCCCAAAUGGUACAUAUGGCACUGUUUUAUCUAAUGUUUCGGAUAAGUUUGAAAGUGUCAGAGGGAGAGCAUCGCUGGACCUACAGUUCCAAAACGUUAACUUGUACUACGCUGUAGACUACUCAAACUCACCACUGUUAUCAUUCUACCCAAAUGAUACAAAUAAAUCCAGUAGGCCCAAGUUCACCUCAAAUGUUAUGUAUGUGGUGAAGAAACCAAACUAUUUUACACUUGUAGAAGACUUCCUUUCACUGUUCACGGAAGAAAAGGGUAAAGGAGAAUGGACUUAUAAUGUGGAUGAUCUAAACUCAAACCUGCCAAACGCAGUUGAGGUUUUCAUGGAUCCGAACGCCUGCUCUAACUACGUGCUGGAGCUGAAUAAGCAACAAAAGGAGGCAAAACUCGCCAAAAUGAAGCUAAACAAGGUUUUAAAACCAUUUGAAUCGAGACUCAACUUUUAUCGCGAUGAUAAAACUGUUCAUAUUCUUAUUCCACCCUCGGAAUCACUAGUCUACGCAACAAACCAUGCCAGUAACCCCUUUAAGGGCACGCCUGUAUUCACAACCAACCCUCCAAUUUAUGUCACAAAACAAUCGGAUAAAGAAGCCCAAAAUAAUGAGAGUAAUAGACUGGACAAGUUUAACAAAGGCGAUAGCCUUUUGGUAUUUUUCACACCAAGUGAAGCCAAGGAGUUUUACAAAAAUGUAAGAUGGAGUAAAGGGUACAGUUAUAAGGAUGAGGUUACAGGUAAAACGUACAGGUUCUGGUCAGACUCACCACCCUUCAGACCUGAGCUAAAAGUCACAAGCCUAGAGAAGAUAUACAAAAAGGUUCAUAGUUCAGAACCUUUUUGGGGUUACGUUAUUGAGUUCGUUCCACCGACUUUUAAACUAGAGAAAAGAACGGAACUCAUGCUCAAGGAAUCUAGCAAAUGGUUCCUAGUACCCUGGUACAAAUUUCAAAAGCUACUAAAUAAAUUUUUUAAAACUAGCGAACCUCCAACUAAUGAACAAUGUUAA